AGCCGUCAGCUCCCAAGAUGACCCGCCCGUGGCCAGCGCUCGCCGCGCUCCUUGUGACGGGCUCCUUGUCCACGCCAUGCUUUCCUGACGCCGUGCCCGAAGGGGAGCGCAGAGAGUUGGUGAAGCAGGGUCUUCGCGGUUUGUGCGAUUUGGAUGACGAUGAUGACGGGACCUUCCCAGACAGGUGAACACUACCCUGUGGGGCUCUUCAUGAUUGACUACGCCGCGCAACAUGCCACGGCAGAACUGGUGUUUAUUUUGCUUCAGGAGAAGAUGGGCUACAAGGUCCAAAAGAUGCUCGAUGGCUUCUUUGGCUCCGACACCUUCUUCGCCCUGGCCGGCUGCCGAUCCCCCACAAAUCUCUCCGAUCGUGGCUGCGGCGUCGACGGCGAGAUGACCACUCGAGCGCAUGUGGCCGUGGAGGGAUGGACGGAAGGAUAUCUUCCAGUUUGGGAGCAACUUCAGCAAGACUACCCGUCCUCCGCCCCAAGGAACUUGGGAAAUAUGGGCUACCAGGGCGAAAGUUCUUCAUUUGUCGCCCGGAGCGUCCAGGAGAGGGCCUUCAAUGCUGAGGGCAUCUCUUUGGAUUUCUACCGAGAUUAUAAUGUGUCCUGGACAGAUUCGGCCAAGUAUUUCUCGAGACUUCAGGAGCUCAACCGAUCCAAAUUGCUUCCUUGCGAACAGACCUCCUUGAUGAAUGUUGAGUUGAUGAAGGUCUAUCGGGACCUCACCGGUGAUCACGAAGGUGUCACACCUCUAGGCAACGGGCAGGUGAUCGGCCGAUGCUUUGAUGGCUACUUCUGGUACGCGCCCGUGUGCCGCACACAGGGCUCUUCCAAGUGUAUCCCUUUCAUCACCGGGGGCGCUGGCUGGGCCUUUCAGGAAACCUUUCAGAAGGCGACCUUCCUUGGAAUGCCAUUGGCCUGGGCGGUUGGAAGCAACUGGGAAAGCUACAGCACACUGCCGAUGGAGUUGACCACAAUUUUCUAUUGGUGGAAGCCAGACCCAACAUUUCUCAGGCUGGAUGCAAAGGCCUUGAUUUUCCCACCAUAUGAUCGUUUGCAGUGGGAGAAAGGCAUUGCAAGAUCUGCUGCCACCGAAAUCUCCAUUGACAAAUACAUCAGCCAGGACUUAAGCACCCUGGCUCCGGACAUUGAAGAAUUUAUGAAGGGCUUUAUGGUGGACAUCAAGGAUGUGGACGAGAUCAUGUUAGAGAAGCUUGAGUCUGGAAAGCCAUAUUCCGAUGUUGCAUGUCGCUGGCUGCAUACCAACACUGAAAGGUGGCGGAAGUGGCUGCCGGACAAGACCAAAUGCUUUGCACGAUAUGGGCUCUACAAUGAGAAAGUUGCGAAGUUUGUGGAGAGCCGCACAAAUCCGCAAGACCUCACUUGUCAGAUUUGCCCUCCGGGUUCCUUCUCGGAACAGAUGAAGGAUGCGAACGGCACGACCUUUAUUUGCCGAGAAUGCACUGCAGGGACCUUCCAGGUCUCUGGGGCAUCCACUGAGUGCGAUCCAUGUCCUAAAGGGGAGUACCAGGACGAGACUGGCAGCAACUCUUGCAAAAGGUGUGGCUUCGGCAAGUAUCAAGACGCUCGUGGAGCAAGAAAUUGCACCCAAUGCCCCGCAGGCACCACAACCGUUGGGUUUGGUUCCUUAUCUCUGGACGAUUGUGCAUGCCUUGCCACCACCAUCAACAUCGUGUCGCAGAACUCCUCGAGGAACCAGAGUCCCUUCGAGUGUGUAGCUUGCAGCGAGGGUUUGCAGUGUCCAUUCUCCUCGAGCCUUCAGAGCCUGCAGACGGGAGAGGCGACUUUAGGACCUCAAUAUGUUCCCCACGUCUUGGGAGGUUACUUCUCGGAUCCUGAAGAGCCCUUGAUGAUCUACAAAUGUAGGCCAGGCAAGCAUUGUCCUGGUGGAAAGCCAGGGGAAUGUUCCGGAGGCCGUGUGAACAAGCCCUGCGCCUCGUGUCCUCAAGGGCAGACGUGGAAUGGCAAGCAGUGCAAGGCUUGCACUGCCUGGGCCACUGUUCUUUGGGUGACCGGUUUGCUGAUCUCACUAGCUGUCCUCCUGAAAGCCUACGACUUUGUCGAUUCCAAAGCCCGCGCUGAACCCUCCCCCUUCCAAGUGGGGAAGAUCGCCUCGAGCAUUGCCAUCAAUGUCGUCCAGAACAUCGCGGUUUUCGGGCUGAUGUCCGUGGACUGGACCAACACAGUGGCCAGCACCAGCAGGAGCCUGCGCUUCAUUCUGCUGGAUUUGGAUCAACUGAGCCUGAGUUGCUUGAUUGGCCACGGGAAUCUCUUCCGCUUCGUGGUUAGUGGCCUUUUGCUCCCUGGAGCCACCCUGGUGCUGAUCCUCCGCUGGGCGGCCAUGCGCUUCAAGUAUCCCAAAUGGUGGCCUCAAUGCUUGAGAGCAAAAGUCUGGAAGUUCUUCAAGACGGUGAAUACCAUCGGGACUUUGUUGCAGGUGGGCUUCGCAACGCUCAGCGCCCUUUCGCUUCAACCCUUGAUGUGCUAUCGCCAUCCCAAUGGAUCCCUGAGCCUUUUGAAGUAUCCCAGCACCUUUUGCGGGGACAGUGAGCAGAUCAUCAUGGUGGUCUUCGGGAUGGCCUUGAUGGCCAUCUUCGUUUGCGGUUUCUUUGUCACCUGCAGCUGGGCCAUCUGGAAGCUUCCAGCCUGGAGUGGACAAAGCCGACACGAGAUGGUGCAAGCCUUUACGUUCUUGAGCAGCAAGUUCCGCCUGGACGUUUGGUACUUUGGUUUGCUUUUGCUCAUGCGCGACAUGGGCCUCAGCGUCAUCGUGGUGGCAGCGACGGACCGGCCCGAACUGCAGGUGGCUUUGGGAAGUAUCACGAUUUUGCUCUACCAGUCUAUCCUUCUGAGGGUUUGGCCCUGGAAGGCCUCAGUCCUCAACGUGGCUGAUACCGCUUGCAGCAUUUGCUUGCUGCUUUUGAUCAGUCAAUCUCUCCAUGUCUCAGCGUCGGAUGAAGACUUUGCCGAAACCUUUUCGGCGGUGAUCAUGGUGAUUUUGGCUACCUUCUUGGGUCUCUUGGGGAUCUUGUGCACCUCAGCUUUGGUCCUCUCCCGCUCCUCCUGCCCCUCCACAGGACUGAAGUUGCUGCAUUUGGGCGACCGAAUUCAGGCUGCCAGGAUUUCCACCGCCCUGAAAGAUUGUGCAAAGGGGCUCUUGGAGAUUGAAGUUUCUCAUUUGGACAAGACUCUCGAAGACAUGAACACCUAUGAUUUAGAAGCUCUUGCUGCCACUAUCACUUUGGUGUCCAUGGAAGUUUUGGCGGACACGCAGUACAACUUCAACGACCGAGUGGCCCUGCAGGCAGUCAGCCGCCGCACGCGCCUGACGCGCGUGAGCCAAGUCACUGCGGCGAAACGGUCGAUGCGAUUGUCGGUCAAAGACCAGCCCAUGGACCCACAUCAGGAGGCUGAAGAGCACCGAGAGGAGCACCUGGAGGAAGACGCUGGUCAGCGGACGGAGGCUGCGAGCAAGACUCGUGUGAGGCUUUAGGGUCCGCUAAUGGUUUCGCUCCUUAUGGAGCGUUCAGCGUUCCGAAGUUCCAGGUAUUUUGGAAGUGCC